GCCGGAAAUACUUAUCGUUUGCAUAUCUGCCGUUUGUUUCAGCGAAGCUAUCGAAACCACAUCAGGAAAAGAAACGUUGUGACUCUGUUGUCGGGGGAAACAUGUUCCAGCCGUUAUGGGAUUGAGGGGCUGGUUGCCAGGAAGUGUCCAGACAGCUCCUCCGGGGAGCUCCACUCGGACGACACUACAGGGUGUCGUGGCGCUGUGUGCCCGCCAUGUGGUGAGGGGGCGGAUGUCUUGGCUGUGUCUGGAUCUCAGGGGCCCUACAUACGCAAUGUCAGCCUGGCUGCACUGACAGACGCAGAGCAUGCUGGGAUGCCUUUUCUCCUAAAGGUUUCUGGCUACUUGGCGGCUCCACCCACUCAGCCCACUGGGAUACAAGACCUGGGAGGAGUGAACCUCUCUUCUGUGGAUGUUCAGUUCUGUGGGAAGAGGAACAAAGGUCAAAGUUCACAUAGUGUCAACGUCCGGGAAGAUGGCUUCUUCACCUUUUCUUCUGAUUGGAUGCUAGAAAAUCCUGGAACAUACCAAAUCAAUGUCUCCGUCUCCAACCUACUGUCCCAGCUGUCUUCCUCCCUCCAUCUCUCUGUCUUGAGUCCCUCUCCAGAAGGGUUAGAGGUCAGCCUGGUCCAGGGGUGGGGAGCCACACCAAGCUGCAUUCCCUACCCAGCCCAGGGCCUCCCAACCCAGGCUCUGGGUAAGGCCUACCUGGGUGAAACUCUCACCCUGCUUGCAUACGUAAGAGCUGGAGUCAUGGUUCAGUUCCACUGGAGCUUCAGUGAUGACGAGGAGGAAUUGGAGGAUGAUGAAGAGGAGGGGAAGACUCAGGAUGUCAAGACAAACUGCCUUCCAGAUUCUGACUGUCUGCGCAGCAUUGUGAACCGAACAUUUGAAAGGGAGGGAGUUCACAUUGUUAUGGUCAAUGCUUCCAACUUACAUGGCUGGACUCAGGAAACCAUUCAUAUCGCUGUGGUGAGACGUGUUGCGAGCCGGUUGACCCUGACCUGUCUGUCUGGGUACCACCUAGCUGUGGGUCAGAACAUCUCUUUGGGCCUGAAUCUCCACACCACGCAGAAACAGAACCUGCUGGUUAACCUCACCCUGACGGACCAUGUCCACAGCAGAACCUUCAGCUAUGACAAUCCUGACACGGAGCGCGAUCAAACCCACGGCAAACCGGUGUAUCACGACCUCAAGCAGAACCAAACCCACGUUCACGAACUUGACCACCUUGACGACUUUAACCUCCGACUUGAACUCACCCAUGGCCACAGCCAUUGCCAUGGAAAUGACAACCACACCCUGUCCGUCCUGUCCAACCACACCCUGUCCCUGUCCGCCAGUCCCCUACAUCUCAUCUCCAACUACAGCCAGACCAGCUGCCGCCUACAUUUCCGCCUGCACUACCACCUCCCCUCCUCUGUGGGGCGCUAUGUUCUCACAGCCACGGUCUUCUCCCUGUAUGACCCGGCUGUGCCGCUACUCUCCGCCUCCCCCUGCCUGCCUGUGGUGGUGUACGACUGCAUACGCACCAUCUGGCCGGCCGGUCCGUGGGGCCCUUCGGUUCGGGCGCGGUCGCAGCUGAACCUCACGGUAGACAGCCAGGCUAACCGCGAAGGUUCCAGUGUGCUUUGGACUGUUGCACAUGGCUACACCACUGUGUUCAACAGGACCACGGCGGCCUGGUCUGUGACGGUGACUUUCCCGAUGGCUGGGAGCUAUCUGGUGUCUGUCAAAGCCUUCAAUCGAAUCAGCUGGGCCGGCUUCCGCACCAACUUACUGGUCCAAGAGCCCGUCGGAGAGCUGGUGUUGAAUGUUCCGAGUGUGUUCACGGUCAACCAAACAACCACAGUGUUGUUUGCUGUCACAACGGGGUCCAAAAUGACCGUGACUGUGUUAAUAAACUCAACUGUGUGGUACCAGAGCCACAAUUACACCACAGGCGCCUGGGUGACGGUGAGCUUGGUGUUUGAGCAUACCGGUAUCUCUGAGAUAGUGGUCAGGGCUGAGAACCUGGUCUCAUCGGAGAACAGGACCGCAAAUGUGUGCAUUCAGGAGGCUGGACAGGUGUUUCACACGGCCAUGAUGGAUCUCACUGCACCACCAGUCACAGAAGAGAUCCCCACUCUCAGAACCACAGGAAGUGGAGCCGUUUCGACAUUAGCACUAGUCACCAAGACAGCGGAGUUGCCAGCGGAGAAGCAAACCAGUGACAUCCUCUUGGUGUUGGCCACACCUGCCGUGAUACGAUUGGACGAGUUCAUCCAGGCGACGGCAACGGUGGUUAGGGGUGUGGCCUUGGUGUUUGUGUGGCAUGUGUCUCUGUCAGGACUAACCAUUCAUAAUCACACAGACAGAAACACCAGUCGGAGCUCCCUCUCUUUCCAGGCUGUUACUCCAGGGACGUUCACGGUUACUGUGACAACCCCAAACCCCCUGGGCCAUGCCUUUGUCAGCCGACACCUAGAGGUCAGGGCCCGCGGUCCGGUUGGUCGACCUCUGGUCCAGUUCCCGUGUGGGUUGGACCACGCGGUGCUCCACAGAUGA